GAGAAUUUGUUUUACCAAAAGGUACAGAUGUUAUUAUAUCAAUUAUACGAAUGCACCGGAAUGAAAAAUAUUGGUCGAAUCCAUUGAUGUUUGAUCCGGAUAGAUUUCUAUCAGAAAAAACAAAUUGUUUACCAUAUUAUUUCAUGCCUUUUAGUGAUGGAUCAAGAAAUUGCAUAGGUGCAAAAUACGCAAUGAUGUCCAUGAAAGUUAUUUUAGCAACGUUGAUAAGAAUGUUUGUAUUUAAAUUGAAUCAUAGCAUUGAGAUAGACAAAAUCAAAUUAAAUUCGGAUAUAGUAUUAUCUACAGUUGAACCUUUAAAGAUUAAAAUUGAAAAACGU